CCUGAAACGGGCCCCAGUUUCCACCUUCCUCGGUAAACUACACAACACGACGCGGAAGUUAGAGGUGCUCUUUCUGCUCCAGCUUGGACGACCGCUUGAGUAUUUCCUUGGGAAUUUUCCGUGCAAGCCAAGCAUUAUGUCGAUCACCGUAAAGAGCCUCAAAGUUACCUAUAACCCCGUUAAUGAGAAAAACACUUUUACUAGUGGCGACGUCGUUUCGGGUCAUGUCACGGUUGAAGUGGCCAAAGACUGCCAAAUCGCCUCCCUACUGAUUAAAUUCAAGGGGAAGGCAGAGGUGUUGUGGACUGAGAGGUACGGUAAAACUACUGUUGUUUACCACGCCAAGGACAAGUACUUCAGCAUCAAACAGUACUUAAUUCACGACAAAGAUCUCACAGGAGGUGACACCCAAACACUACUGACGAACCAGAAUGGACAAACAUGGAGCAAUGUUGUUUCCCCAGGAUGCCAUGUUUACCCAUUCACCUUUCAGAUCCCUUUCCAGGUUAUGCCCUCCUCCUUCGAUGGCAGUGUUGGUAAAAUCGUGUACUUGCUGGAAGCCAAGCUGAGCAGAUCAAUGAGAGUUCCUCAGAAAGAUUCAACAAAGAUCAACUUUGUGACAAAGGCAGAUCUGAGAAGUCACCCUGAGCUAAUGAUGCCACAGCACGAUUCUAAGGACAAGAAAAUGAAAUUUUUCAACUCAGGAACAGUAGCCAUGGAUGUGAAUCUUGAAAGAACUGGUUUCUUCCAAGAAGGAUUGAAGGUUCUGGCCUCCAUUCAGAACAACUCGUCUCGCCAGAUCAAGCCUAAGUACUGUGUGUACAAAAAGCACAGCUUCUUUGCACGAGGAAAGAGAAGAGUCUGUACUUGGGACCUCUUUAAAGAGGUGGGAGAGCCCAUCGCACCUUUUAAUAAAGAAAAUGUCACAAGAGUCCUCUCAGUCCCUCUUGAUCUAGAGCCCUCUAUCCUCAACUGCAGUAUCAUCAAAAUGGAGUACAGACUCAGGGUCUACCUCGAUGUCAAAUAUGCUUCAGAUCCAGAGAUCAAAUUUCCCAUAGUCAUCCUGCCAGUGUCUCAGGUUCCUGCUGGGGUGGCACCACCACCGGCUGCUUCUGGCUUUGGAUUCGAACCAUUUGGGAGCACAAACCCACCAGCCUGGGGGAUUGUACCACCACAACCACCAGCAGGAGCACCCCACCCUUCAGAUGCCCCUCCUCCAUAUGGAGCAUGUGUGAUGUACCCUCCUUUGACGGAUUUUGGCAAUAAGUACUAGUGUGAAAAUACUUUCACAUUUUAAGGACAUUAAAUAAAGAGAUUUUG